UUCAUCCUCCACUAUCCCCUCCCCCCCCCACAAGCACGCAGCAAUGCUUCAGAUCCGUCUUCUAGAUGGUGGGCUAGGAACCACCCUUGAGGCUCCUCCCUAUCACGUCUGCUUCGGCACCGAUACUCCGCUCUGGUCUUCGCAUCUGCUCAUCUCUGACCCCACCAAGCUCCAGGCCGCGCACAAGGCCUUUCUCGAUGCUGGUGCCGAUAUCCUCCUAACCGCCACCUAUCAGACAAGCACGGCAGGUUUCACACGGACAGAUGCGAGUUACACACCCCAGGAUGCCGCGCGAUAUAUGCGAUCCGCAAUUCCGUUGGCUUGGGCCGCGAUUGCCUCUCUCGGUGAGGGGCAGCGGCCUCGUCAGGUUGCGCUCUCACUAGGCCCAUACGGUGCGACUACGUUUCCCGUUGGCACAGAAUAUACAGGGCUGUACCCCCCCGAGAUGGAUCGGGAGGAUGCAUUAAGAGAAUGGCAUGCCCAGCGUUUAAAGAUGUUUAUCGAGGGCGAGACCGAAGGCGACUCUGAUUCAUCAUGGGACAAGAUUGACUAUGUGGCCUUUGAGACGGUGCUGAGGCAGGACGAGGUGCGCGCUGUGCGAGGGGCCAUGUUUGAUGUGCUACGUGGUCAAGACAGGGUCCAGGGACAGAAAUCGCGUGAGAGCAAACCGUGGUGGAUCUGCGGUGUGUUCCCUGCAGAGGAAGUCGACGAGGACGCGAUCAGGAAGUGGGUUGAUGCCGCGCUCGCCGAGGAGUCUGGAUUCCCUCGACCAUGGGGAAUCGGCCUGAACUGCGUCCGGAUGGAGAAUGUCGCGAAGAUUGUUUCCAUUAUGCAGGAUGAGGUCCGUCGCCUGUCCGAAAUGCCCCAGGGAGGGUUUGCGGACGAGUGGGACAGUUCCUCCGGGAAACCCUGGCUGGUGCUCUACCCCGACGGUACAAAGGGGGAGAAGUAUGACCAGGUCACGAAAACGUGGGUGAAAGUCCGGGAGCCCAUUGAGACGCGACCGUGGGAUGAAGCGUACUGGGAUGUGGUACAGAGCGUAUCCGAGGAAGAUUGGGAAGGCCUCGUGAUGGGCGGUUGCUGCCGCGCUGGUCCGGCUGAAAUCUCAGCGUUACGCCGUAGGAUUGAUGCCGCCUGAAAUGAUCUUAAGGGUCGUGUAGUUACGACCUCUUUGGGGGUCUAUCAUACGAUCACCAGUAACCCAGCUAGGGAAUGUGCUAAACACACGGCUAUUCCCAGAAUCGGACGAACUUCCGUACACCUCGAGCUACUCGAGGAUUUUUGUAUCAUAGAGAAUUGCGCCUUACGCCUUGAAAUACGACGCGUACAGGGAGCGGACAGACUUCCAAGUCAAUUUCUACAAUGCUAACUUAGAUAUCCGCUCUGCCCAUUAAGUUUCUGCGAGAUUCCUGAUCGCUUUCAGUGAUUCGUGGGGGAUGCAUUUCGUGACUAUGAGGGAGGUUAGGGUCACGGUCUAUCUCUAUGGCAGUUUUAGAUCAUUCGUGAACUAUAGCAACAAGAGCUUAUUCCUAACGAG